GCCAGGUUCCCCAAAACGACAUUAAAUCGAUCAGAAAGAGCGUUAUUAAAUCAUCAAGCAAUGUGACAGGUGCGACAAGCGUGAACGUAUAAGAGUAUAAAUAAAAAGGAAAGCAUUUACACGCACUAUUCACCUGCUAUUCGACAUUUUCGGCCGUGUUACAGACAAUGCCAAGUGCAGAUUUAACCAAAACAAAACCAGCUCUAUUUUUACGUGCUGAAAGAUUAAUGAGAGAAUGGUGGAGUGAACUUUUAUAUAGUUAUCACCACAAGAAAAACUGGCAAGAAGUAGUUGAUGAAGCACACCUCCAACAGCAUUGCAGGAUUCAUGAAAAUCCUCUUUUUCUUGCUGCUAAAGAAAAUGAUGUGAAAUCUAUUACACAAUUAAUCAAAUUCUCCAAGACAGAUAUUUUUGAGAAAGGUGCUCUUGGGGAAACUGCACUUCAUAUUGCUGCUUUGUUCAACAGCCUGGAAGCUGCUGUUGCUUUGAUUGAGGCGGCACCUGACGUCAUUAAUGAGCCCAUUGUUUCAGACUUAUAUAAAGGGGUGACAGCACUCCAUAUUGCUGUGAUAAAUGAGAAUAUGAAUCUUGUCCAGGAGCUGAUUCACAGAGGAGCUGAGGUGGACACUCCUCGGGCAACAGGAGAAUGCUUUCAAAAAAAGACAAAAAAUCUUGGGUAUUUUGGUGAACACAUUCUUGCAUUUGCAGCCUGCACAGGAAAUAAAAAGAUUGUUCAAUUACUGAUUGAGAAUGGGGCAGACAUAAGAGCUCAAGACAAACAUGGUAAUACAGUGCUUCAUGUUCUGGUCUUUCAACUAAAUAGGAUCAGCUCCUGCAAGAUAUAUGACUUAAUUAUGGCUUGUGAUUUGAAGGAAAACAAUAGAAUUUCAUUGGAUCUCAUCCGGAACAGUAAAGGAUUGACGCCUUUCAAACUUGCUGCAGCUGAGGGUAACUCAGUGAUGUUUCAACAUAUAGUGAACUUGCGUCGCAUUCACCAGAGUUGUUUGGUACCACGAUCAACUUAUUUCUAUGACCUUUCAGAAAUUGACUCCUGGGCAGAUGACAACUCAGUCCUGGAACUUAUUAUCUGCAGUGAAAAAAGAGAGGCUCGUUCUAUUCUGAAAAUGACUCCGGUGAAGCAGCUGGUCAAGUUAAAGUGGAUGAAAUAUGCAAGGCAUUAUUUUCACUUCCUGAUGCUUGUGUAUAUUUUGUAUAUCAUCAUCUUUACCCUGUGCUGCAUAUUUCGACCACUUAAAUUACGUCCGGACAAUGCAACGGAUCCCAGGGAUGUUCUGCUAUAUGUGAAAAAAAAUGUGGAGGAAAGUUAUAUCACCUACAGUGAUCAUCUUAGACUGGCUGGUGAAUUGAUUAGUGUAAUUGGUGCAGUGGUCAUCCUUCUUUUAGAGAUCCCAGAUAUACUGAGACUUGGAGCUACAAAAUAUUUUGGUCAAACAGUUUUGGGUGGUCCUUUUCAUGUUAUCAUCAUAACUUAUUCUUGUCUAUUACUGAUCUUACUUAUACUACGGGUAACCAACUCAGAUGGAGAGAUGGAACUUAUGGCAUUUGCACUGGUGCUUGCAUGGUGUAAUGUACUCUUCUUUUUUCGUGGAUUUGAACUGUUAGGCCCCUAUGUUGUUAUAGUCCAGAAGAUUAUGUUUAGUGAUAUGUUGAGAUUUAUUUACCUGAUGACCUUUACUGUGAUUGGCUUCACUGCAGCUUUAUGGAUGGCUUACAUGACUCAGGAUCCCUCUGCUGAUCCACAAUUUGGUGACUUCCCCACAAGUUUCUUUGUAGAAUUCGAGUUGUCUCUAGGACUUCUGGAUAUUCCACUAAAUUAUUCAGUGUGGACUCCAAACAUAGUGAAAGUUCUCCAUGCAGCUUUAACCAUCUUUGCCUUUCUCCUCAUCAUGAAUCUGCUAAUUGCCAUGCUAGGGGACACACAGACAAGGGUGGCGCAGGAAAGAGAUGAGAUUUGGAGAGCCCAAGUUGUAGCAACUAUAAUAAUGCUAGAACGAAGACUGCCUCGAUGGAUGUGGACAAGAUUUGGGAUCUGCGGAAAACAAUAUGGAUUAGAGAACAAGUGGUAUUUAAGAGUUGAAAGCCCUAAAACUUUCUCUACAAAGAAACUGUAUCAUAAUAUUCAAAAAUGUAAUGACGAAAUGAACAAGUCUGACUCAGAUGAGAGUUACAUGGAAGAGAUGAAUAUAUCAAUGUCUAAAGUGAAUCUAAGUACAUUUAAUGAGGAAUCCAUGGAUCAGUCCCAGAAAUCUUUAGAAAGCCUGGAUAUCAUCUUCAACAGCCCUGUACACUCUUUGUAUUUAGAAAAUGAUGGACUGGGAGAUGUAUAUGAUGUCUAAACUUAUAGUUUUCUCUUAAAUUAAGAAAAUGUUAAUCUUUAAUGGAAGUGUAUAUAUAGUAUUUCUAACUUAGCUGACAGGUUCUCAUGCAAAAGAAUGCUGAUGUUAUUUUGGACAAUCUAGGUGUAUAAGAAGGAUGAACUUGUUAGGCUAAAUGGCCUGUUUUUUUCACAAUUUUUUAAUGUUAAAAAAAAUUGUGACAAGACAAAAUGACAUACAAUGUAUAAGUAUAAAUAAGGAAGACUGACAACAUGUGUGUACUGAUAUUAAUAACUAGCAGCUAGUAUAUUUGAAACUUCAAGAGAAGUUUCUUUAAAAGUGUUAAUUAUACUGAUUCCAUUAUCAUUGUUCAGAAUGUGGCGGUAUAAUAAAUGUGUACAGAAUGUAGGGCACUAACGUUUUUCAUUUUAAAAAAAUGUUAACUCAGAAAAUUUUUGGUAUGUUUAACCAUUGUUUAUGUUAAAAAUGACAAUAAUUGCAAUAUGUAUACCUGAAAAUUAAGAUUCCAUACAUUUUAUUUGUAUAGUAUUUUCUCAUUUUGCACAGUUUAAUGCUUUUAGUUCAUACAGGCUAUUGCAACUUUGAUGUUGUCCAUUUAUAUUUUAAUUUUUAUUAAUUAUAAUGCUUUUGGUCUGUUGCUGCUCUUGCCAAUGAGUGAUCAAUUUAGAAACAGAAUAAAGGCAUUUAGAACAUUCACUACUUCAGGAUGUGUUAGUAUUCUAAGGCCAUCUCAUCACAAAGUUCAUUAAAGUAUAAGAGAGCUCUGCAUACUUUUGUUUUGUC